AUGAAAUCUAAUCAAGAAAGGAGCAAUGAAAGCCUGCCACCGAAGAAACGUGAAAUUCCCGCCACCAGUCGACCUUCUGAAGAAAAGACAGUUGGAUUGACAAAUGAAAACCAUCGUACAGAUAGUUUAUCAUGGCUUCCCACCACGGCCAGCAGCCAUGGUGGACGUCAUCAUGGGCCUGCAGGAACUUCAAUAGAAGCUGGUUUACAACAGGGGGUAGGUUUACAUAAAACACUUUCAACUGGUAUAGACUAUUCCCCCCCUAGUGCUCCAAGGUCGGUACCAGCAGCAAACAACAGGUCCUGCCAUUUAUCAAACUGUGCAGUCUCAGUCAGGGGCAUCAAUGUCUCCUGUACAAUAUGCUAAUGUGCCCCAAACGUUCCAGUUUAUUGGACCGCAGUAUAGUGGACCAUCGUAUGCAGGGUUCAUCAAUUCGCAGCUAGUUUCACCUACAUCGAAUUCCGCAUCAAGUGCUGUGCCCUCAACAGCAUCAGGAGUCUCCACUCCAUCACAACGUUCCCAGAUGGAGGCUUAUUCCACUAUGUUGGCCAAUGUAAGCAGCUUAAGCCAGCAGGGGCAUAAAGGUGAACCGCAUCUAGAUCGGACUCCAGGAUUGAUUUCAGCAGGAUCUCCUCCUACACAGUCAAGUCAAUAUGUGCAUAAUUUAAGCUCAUCACAGAGUGGAGUCAGAAAUCUGUCACCACCAACUAUCCCAGUCCAUUUACAUACCCACCCAGUGAUUCCACAUACACUCACCCUGGGUACUUCCCCCCAGGUGGUUGUGCAGUACUCAGAAUCAGGAGCUCAUUUUAUUGCUAGGGACCCUACAAAGAAAGAAGAUAGUUUCAGGUCACAAGCCAAGGAAUUAUUAAAUGGGGAGAUAGAGAAAGUUAGGAGAUUUGUAAUCCCUCCCUCAACAGAUGCACAGCUAAUGAAAGCAGGCAAUAAUAAACCAGCUUCCCAACAUUAUGAGACAAGGCAUGUAGUGAUGCACCCAAGUACUGAGUUUAGUGCUCGGGAUCCCUCAGGUGUUCGGACCUCUGUCAUGGUGGUACCCAACAGCAACCCUGCUGCCACAGACAUUGAUGUUCCACAAACCAUUAAGAGAGAAACCUCACCCUCAACUGCUCAUAACAAGGGAAGCUUACACUUAGGAAAACCAUCCCACCGGUCCUAUGCUUUAUCCCCACAACAGACUUUAUGCGCAGAAAGCGUGAAAACCGUGGCCACUUUAUCUCCUCACACUGUCAUCCAGACAACUCAUAGUGCAGCAGAGCAACUUUCUGUUGGGCUGCCUGCUGCAGCCUUUUAUGCGGGUACACAACAGCCAGUUAUUGGCUAUCUCAGCAGUCAGCAGCAAACCAUUGGUUACCCUGGAAAUUUGCCACAGCACUUGGUUAUUCCAGGCACACAGCCCUUGCUCAUACCAGUUGGCAAUCCAGACAUUGAACCAUCUGGGGUAGGGGUAGCACCUGCUAUUGUCACUUCAUCUCCCCAAUUUGCAGCAGUGCCUCAUACUUUUGUCACUACGCCCAUUCCUAAGAGUGAUAACUACAGUGCUGAAUCAUUGGCAACACAAGCAGCCUACCAGACCACAUUGGUUCCAGCUCAAAUACACCUUCCUCUAGUACAGUCCGUUGCUUCUCCAAUGGCAGCUGCUCCCACACUGCCCCCUUAUUUCACAAAAGGGUCAAUAAUUCAGCUGGCCAAUGGUGAGCUAAAGAAGGUAGAAGAUUUAAAAACUGAAGACUUUCAUACAGAGCGCCGAUAUUAGCAACGACUUGAAAAUAGACUCCAGCACAGUUGAAAGGAUUGAGAACAGCCAUAGUCCAGGCAUUGCUGUGGUUCAGUUUGCUGUUGGAGAGCAUCGAGCACAGGUCAGUGUGGAAGUCUUGAUAGAAUAUCCAUUUUUUGUGUUUUGGUCAAGGCUGGUCAUCAUGCAGUCCUGAGAGAACAAGCCAGCUCUUUGAUUUGCCAUGUUCCAAGUUGUCAGUAGGAGAUGUCUGCAUAUCGCUUACACUCAAGAAUUUAAAAAAUGGCUCUAUAAAGAAGGGGCAGCCCAUGGAUCCAGCUAGCAUCUUGCUGAAGCACCCAAAGAAUGACAGUCUGUCUGGAAAUAGACAUAGGUAUGCAGAACAAGAGAAUGGGAUUAAUCAGGGAAGUGUACAGGUUUCAUCUGAGAAUGGAGAACUAAGGUGUCCUGCUGGAUUGAAUGCCGUGUCCUUUGAAGCCAAAACAGAACCUGGUAAGCCCAUGACAACAAGGAAGAGGAGGUGGUCUGCCCCAGAAUCAAGAAAAUUAGAGAAAUCUGAAGAUGAACCACCAUUGACUCUUCCCAAGCCCUCUUUUAUUCCUCAGGAGGUUAAGAUUUCCAUUGAGGGUCGAUCUAAUGUAGGGAAGUGA